AUACAAAUAGGUGGCGCUCUCAUGUUAACUUCCUUUUAAUUUUGGAUGUCGAAAGAGUCGUGAAUGGAAAUGGCAGGAACUCAUUCUAUCUCGGAGUUCUACCAUGGGAGGAGUAUUUUCAUCACUGGAGCCACUGGUUUUAUGGGGAAAGCCCUCGUAGAAAAGCUACUGAGAUCAUGUCCGGGAAUAAAGAAUGUUUACAUUCUCAUAAGACCAAAGAGAGGCAAAGAUGUCAGCCAGAGACUGGAGGAAUUGCUUGCAUCAAAGCUGUUUGAGAAACUAAAGAGACAGGACCCAGAUUUCAGUAAGAAGGUGAUCCCAGUGACAGGGGAUAUCCUCCAUGAAAACCUGGGGGUCAGUCAGAAGGAUGAGGAGAGGGUCAUCAACGAUGUCUCUGUGGUCUUCCACUCGGCGGCCACAGUCAAGUUUGAUGAAGAAAUGAAGUUGGCUGUUGAGAUGAAUGUUGUUGGAGUAAAUAGAAUGAUACAAUUUUGCAAGAAAAUCAAAAACUUGGAGGUGCUCCUACAUGUUUCCACAGCCUAUUGCAACUGCAAUGUGAAGUACAUAGAUGAAAAAGUUUAUGAGCCUCCACUUGCACCUCACAAAUUACUGGAUGCUUGCGAAUGGAUGGAUGGAGAUGUUUUAAACACCCUGACACCAAAGAUGAUCGGCAACAGACCAAAUACCUACACCUACACCAAAGCCAUUGCGGAGUAUCUGCUGUACCAGAAUAAAGAGGAAUUACCUGUGGUGAUCUUUAGACCGUCUAUUGUGGGCGCCUCUUGGAAUGAACCUGUCCCAGGAUGGGUUGAUAACUACAAUGGUCCUACAGGAUUGUUAGCAGCAAUUGGAAAUGGUUUGCUGAGAGUUAUGAAGGGGGACUUUUAUGGUACUUCAGAUAUCAUUCCAGUAGACAUUGCCUCCAAUAUGAUGAUAGCAGUAGCCUGGGAUAAUGUUGUUUAUAAAUCAGAUGAAUUAAAGGUAUACCAUUGUACAACAGGGCAAAUGAACAAGUUUACAUGGGGACAAAUGGAGCGAAUGUCUCAUGAAUGCUUCAUGAAAAACCCUGUCAACACAGUAGCCAGGAUCCCAAAUCCUCGCUUUACCAAAAGCUAUGUGUGGCAUGAGGUAUGUGUGCUGUUUGACCAUGUUUUACCUGCCUAUCUGAUGGACAUGAUGAUGUGGGUCUCAGGCAAACGCCCAAUAUUUGUCAAAAUCCAAGACAAGUUGAGGAAAGCGGUGGGGAGCCUGGACUACUUCACUCAGAAUGAGUGGGUCUUCUCCAACAAGAACCUUGAUGACCUUUUGAACAAAAUGACACCAGAGGACAGAAAGACCUUCAACUUCAAUGUGAAAAGUAUACACUGGCCUACGUACAUGGAGUCCUACUGUCUUGGCAUUAAACGAUUUGUUCUCAGGGAGGAACUUUCCGAGUUGUCCAAAGCCAGGCAAACACUCAAAAGGUUGCAGAGGAUAAACUUUGCAGUGAAUGUGUUCCUUUUUAUCGCGGUGUGGAGACUUCUGAUAAACCGUGUGGCAGUAGCAAGGACUCUGUGGAACUUCCUGUUGGGCUGGGCUAUCCGCAUCUUCAAGCGCAUGCCAAAGGUGGCCAAGUCCUCAUGAUACACCAUCCAAGACACAAACUGAACAAGCAUCUGUGAUAAUCUCUACUGAUCCAAAGAAUUAACGUCUUUAUACAUAGUUGGGAUUGACACUCGUAUAUCUUUGAUUUACCAAACUGAAUUCAUUCAGGGAUAUAGUCGACACAUACAUGUAUGUCAAAUAAAAGAAUUACAUGUACAAAUUGUCAGUGGAAUAUCAGAAAUAAAUUAUUUAUAGACAA